UAUCAUAACCCAUUUUUUAUUGGCUUGAUCUCAUUAGCAUGGCAAAACAAAUGGUUUCUACAUACGAAUUUAUUUGCUUGCAGUUGGAGUGUAUCUUUCACAAGAUGUACACUCAGACACAUCAACAAGGACUACUGGCCAACCAUACAUGGAAGGAAAUGAUAACAGUGAAACCAUAUCUUACGACUACUACGACGUGGAUUUGUCUACAGAAAACCCAGAUCGCUGUUAUACUCCCAACUUGGAAUGUAUUAAGAAUUUGAAGACAUUGGCACCAAUUUGUGCAUUCAAGAAGAAGAUGGGACUUAGCAACUUUUACAGUAUUUGCGAGAUUCAUCUGCAAAAUUGUUUGAUUAGACCACUCGAAGACAUGGUACCAUAUGGAGAAAUUUCUAAAAAUGAUGUUAUCUAUUACAAUAAUAGGGGUCGUGAUUGCUUUUUCUAUAUGCGACAGUCCAAGAAUCUGAAUGAUGCUGUUAAGUUGUACCAUGACAUCGCUGCUCAGACAGGAAACAAGAAGGCAAGAAAAUUCUGGGUCAAAUAUUAAUUAUUUAAAAUGCUUUUUUUGUGUAUUUUAUACAUUUUAAUAAAUAAAAACAAUGUUUUAUUAAUUAAUACCUCCAAAAAAAUAAAACGAAGAAAGAUACACUAAUUAUGCCUGAAUUCAAUACUCUUCAUGAAAUAUGAAAUAAUGUGUGUCGUUCAAAAUGUUAAUAAAGUAUCUAAAGUGAAGGCAGUUUUGAAUAGCUAUGGUUAAUUGUUGUUUGAAAUAAAGUAUUUAAUUUAAUAAACCUAUGCUGUAUAAAACAAUAACAAAUUGUUUUUUCUUCGUAAAUAUUUUACCAGACUAUAAUAUCCCCCUAACGGGCAAAAUCCCUCCUUCCAUGAAGGUUUGGGCAUU